CACUGCUGCUUUCCUCUUCUUUCUCACCCUCCCCUCGCGCAUGCUUUUCGUGAAUUUUGUUCAAUUGUCAAGCUAUCACCAUGCAUAUCCUCUCCACCCUCCUCGCCGUCGCGCCAGUUCUCGUCGCGGCGCAGAAUUGUCCUCUGCAAUUCGAUGGACGUGUCCCCAAGAGCGCGAAGCUGGGAUUGCUCGAUACGGCGAAGAGUCCUUUUAAUGCCGAUUAUGUCAAGGGCGCUGGCCUGAAGUGGAGUGAAAUUGCGAAAUUCCCCAAAGUAUCACCUCCAUCAUUGUUCGACGGAUCCACAUACAAAGCAAUCGAAGUAACCAUCGACGACACCUCCAUCUUCGCUCCCUCCGCAGACAACGUCCAAAUCGGCUUCCGCCGCGCCGAGCUCAUGCCCACCACAAACACCGGCUCCGACCCCUCUACCACUGGCAUCAAGACCCUCCACUUCAGCGUGCGCGCCGACACCUCGCGCCCGCUCAACUACACGCACGAGUACCAACUCGUCUUCCUCGAGUCGGCGGACUACAGCACGAAUCAGUUCGCGUUGAAGACGGGGAGUAUCAUCGAUGAUAGCGAUCCGAGAGGUCACUUGAAGAAGAACUGGCUGAGGCUGGUGGGGAAUGUGGCGAAUGAUAAUGGAGGGAAGACGCUGUUUGAGGUUCCGUUCGGGAAGGAUUGGCAUAAUUUCGGGCUGAGGCUGGAUUUUACGAAGAAUACCACGCAGGUUUUCUACUCCCCUUCUAUCCUGCCGCUGAUUCCCGUCACGCCUCCGAUUCACAAUGAUAUCUCUGGGCAAGGCCAGCUGCACUUUGGACUGCUUAAGAAACCCAUUGGGAAGAACUUCACGGAUAUGCCUCAUCAGGGAUACCAGGAGCCUGGAAUUCAUGAGGGAGCCAUAUUCGGUGGGAUUUUUGAAGAGGAUAGCACGCAUGGAUGUUGA